GGGAAUGCGUGGGAUAAAGCAGACACGUGGAGCGUUAUUAUUAUUAUAAUAUUAUAAUAAUAUUAUUUUUCCCCCAGCUAUUCAAUUCGCUUUGCACAUCUCUUAUGGAAUAACUUCCAAAUGUAUUUUAAAUGUUAGUUUCACGGGUUUAAGUAACCACCACCACAAAGAAACCCGUUGUUCCAAACAACAAGUGAAGAGGACUCGCCACUAGAGGGGGAAAAGUACCCGGAUGAGAGGACGCUCGAAGGCCGAUACAGCGCUGCUCGUGUGCUAACGCGGCUAAAGCUAGCUGCUUGAGCUAAAAGUCGCACAAUAAAGUAACCAAACUAAAAAUGUUUGGUUCCUCGAGAUCUGGAGGGGUCCGAGGAGGGCAGGACCAGUUCAACUGGGAUGACGUGAAAGUCGAUAAACACCGAGAAAAUUAUCUGGGGAACUCUUUGAUGGCACCGGUGGGGCGAUGGCAAAAAGGCAAGGAUCUGUCAUGGUACUCGAGGGACAAAAAAACUGGUGCACCUUUGACCAAAGAGGAUGAACUUGCUGCUGUCAAAGCAGCAGAGCACGAGGCACUGAUGGCUGCCCUAGGGCACAAGAAUGUGAAGAGGCAACCAACCGGCCUGACCAAAGAGGACCUUGCAGAUGUUUGCCGGAGGGAAGAGGCUGAUGGUGAAGAGAGAGAUGUGGACCGUGUCUCAGGCUUGGGAAGCUCCAGUGCCGGGUCAAGGAAAAUGGUGCUCUCCGCAAGAGAAAAGGAGGCAGCUAAAAUAGGCUUGCCUGUUUUUACACACCACAAAACAGAAGUCUGUGCAGAAACCUCAACAUCAAAGACUUCUCAGAGUGUAGAAAAAGGGGAUCUGGAACAAAGGCACGAGAGCAAAAAGAAAAAGAAGGAGAAAAAGAGCAAAAAGGAGAAAAAGAAGAAGGAAAAAAAGAAGAAACGGCAAAGAAGAGACUCGUCCUCUUCGGAGUCAGAUAACAUAAAAAGGCAGAGAAAGGACCACCAUCAUCAUAAUCCAUCAUACCACAGUCAGAGUGGAGCCAGACCCCAUGACAGCCAUUCAAGGGGGGGGGCAAAGGCCGAGCGACUGCCCUCCCACCCCCAUCAUCGACCGCAGCGGCAUGACACAGACUCCUCUGACGGGGGGUCUCCUGUCCCCCGUAACCCUGUCAGCCACAAGACGGCCCCUGCUGGUGGCACACAAAGCCACAGGCGGCGCCACGACACAGACUCGGACGACUGAUGUCCUCCCCACCCCCUCAAUUCUGAGACUCACAACACGGACGGAAAGCUCUACAGCAGCUUGACUGGCCCCGGAGACCCCGUUUACCCCUGAACAGCCAAACGGACUGUUGAUUGAGAAAGGUCGAUGUGUCUGACUCACAGACUUUGGGCCUUGUGUUUUAACUUCUUCAUCCAAUAAGUUGGUCAAUUAGUCAUAGGACACUGGUGUCUUUUGUCUUAUUUUGGGUUGUGUUUUGAUAUUGAGUAUGUUUUUUGUUUUUUUAAAAACACAUUUUAUGUGAUUUUUAAACCGCCAAUAUUUCUUUAUAUUCACAGGUUUUAAAUUUUCUUUUGUAAAAUAUAAUGCAGAUAAAAUAUUUUGCAAAUCAAACAAUGAUCUUUUUAUUACUAAGCCUGGCCCGUGGAACUAUCACUGUAUUGGAUUAAUUUAGAGAAUUAUCUUGGAGCCUUGCUGCACGGGGAAUAAAUCUAUAUCUCGUCUAUUUUUGUGUGUUAUAAGAUUUUUCCUGGAAAUGUCGCUCCAUGUUUACAACUGCUUAAGUAAAAGAUCUCAAA